AUGGAGGGUGCAAUCAUUGCAGAGUUCAGCAGCCUGAAUGCUUUGAACCAGCAGGCACCGCAGGCGAGAGGUCUCGGGCCAACCAAUGCACAGGGCAAAAGAGGCCCUGCAGAAGGCAACCUCACCGAAAGGGGAACAGACCGACGACACCACGAAGAGGGCGUUGCAGUUGGAUCCCAAACACACCGAGAGCGCCUCCUGAGGGGUGAGUCGACCUACACGACGGCCUCCAGCAACAUGCACAUGAAUGACCAUUUCAUUGAAGAUCAGCCGCAGAUCCUUCAAUUCGGCAUGUCCCACUUGCUGCCGCAGUCCACCAACACGGAGGAGCGCGAACGGCUGCUCCGCAGGCUCGAGAUGUGUGCCAAGGCACGAGAGGAGUCCACGAAGAUCAUGAGCAUCCGCUUCGCCCAGCGGGAUGCGGUGAAAAACGACCUGAAGCAAGACAGGCGUUUGUACUUGGAUCGCCUCGUAACUUCGCAGCGCGACCGCGAUGAGCGGUGGGCAAGGAGGCUCCAGAAAAGCCCCUUCGCCGUAGAUCUGGUGGCAGAAGAUCAGCGCAUUGCAGAGGAAAACCGAGUCCGUGAGAUUGUGGAGAAGCGCCGGGCGAAGUCAGCGGCUGCACGCAGCCGUGAAGCACACAGCCGGAUUUUCAAGCGCGCAACCGUCGAGUCAGAUGAGCUCGACCAGCUGAGGAAAGAGAAGAGGCAGCUUCUCACCAAUGAGAAGCAGCUGAAGGCCCUGCGCGAUGUGGAGCGGAGCAAUGCCCGGACCUUGCAGAUCUUGCAGGCUCGGCAGCAAAAGCAGCAGGAGCUGCGCAAGAUGCGGCAGAUGCGAAUGGGAAUCGCGCCUUGGCGAAAUUCGAACUGCUCAGUGCACCAAGUCUAA